CACUUUUCAACCACUCGUGUUUGAAUGAAACUCUUUAUAUUAACCAAAGUUAUUUGUAGUCUUCCCUUCAAUCAUUUUCAUCAAAUAGUUCCCAUCAACAGGUCUUUUGUUUAAGAAUAUAUAAUGAUUAUAAUCUUGUAAUUAUAUACACAAAUUCUCAAAACAUUUUCUUCAGAGCGUAUAAAGAGAGAGACAGAGAAAGAAAGAUGUUAAAAUUUUGACCAAACAUUCCCCCGUUGACUUCCCGGCAAAAAAUAUGAACGCCACACACAAAAUGUCCAAGAUACCCCUCCGCAUUCGCAAGUUCUCUCUACAUUUCUUCUUCUUGCUUACCCUCACACUGUCCUCCGAUGUCAUUUCACAAACCACCGAACAAACCACCCUUCUCACCUUCAAACGCCAACUAGGCGAUCCGCCGUCACUACAAUCAUGGCAACCGUCGCCGUCGUCGUCUCCGUGCGGGUGGCAGGAAGUCCGGUGCGCCGGUGGCACAGUCACGGAGCUUCUCCUCGCCAAUAAGGAUAUCACCGUGAAGAACCUCCCGGCGCCGACGAUAUGCGACGGCCUCAGGAACCUCACGAAGCUCGACCUCUCCAACAACUCUAUCUCCGGUGAGUUUCCGACCUUACUCUACAAUUGCUCCAAUCUCAACUACCUCGACCUCUCACAGAACUACCUGGCCGGAAAAAUUCCCGACGACGUCGACCGCCUCAGAACCCUAACGUACCUCAACCUUGGCGGCAACAGCUUCAUUGGCGACGUUCCUCCGGCCAUCGGAAACCUUCCGGAACUCAGAACCCUCCACCUCUUCCAGAACAACUUCAACGGAACGUUAGCAAAAGAAAUCGGAAACCUCUCCAAUCUGGAAAUCCUUGGUCUUGCCUUUAAUUACCGUCUUGCCCCUGCGCCGAUCCCGGUCGACUUUGGGAACCUGACGAACCUGAAGUUCAUGUGGCUGAGACAGUGCAACUUGACCGGAGAGAUUCCCCAGAAUUUCGCGAAACUCGAGAAUCUUGAAAAGUUGGAUUUGUCAAUGAACAACUUAACAGGGAGAAUUCCUACUAGCUUGUUUUCUUUAAGAAAUUUGACGUUUUUGUAUCUGUACCACAAUAAGUUGUUUGGUGAGAUACCAAAUUCGGUGCAAGCUUUGAACCUGGCUGGAGUUGAUUUGAGCAUGAACAAUUUGACAGGUUCUAUACCAAAAGAUUUUGGAAAGUUGAACAACUUGACGGCUUUGCUGCUGUAUUAUAACCAGUUGAGUGGUGAGAUUCCAAAUGGUUUAGGAUUAUUACCAAAGCUUAGUAAUUUUAGUGUUUUUGGGAACAAACUGAAUGGAACUCUGCCUCCGGAAUUCGGCAGGCAUUCGAGGCUGGUGGGGUUUGAGGUUGACAGCAAUCAGUUGAGUGGAGGGCUGCCGGAGCAUUUGUGCGACGGCGGUGCUCUGAGGGGUGUGGUGGCUUUCUCCAAUGAUCUGAGUGGUGACUUGCCUCAAUGGCUUGGGAAUUGUAGUUCUCUUGUCACAGUUCAGCUUCACAAUAACAGGUUCUCAGGGGAGGUUCCUUUGAGUUUGUGGACUUCGAGGAGCCUUGAGAGCUUGAUGCUGAGCAACAACUCGUUUUCCGGUCAGAUUCCAAGAGAAUUGUCCCGGAGUAUGACAAGGUUGGAGAUCAGAGACAACAAGUUUUCUGGUCCAAUAUUGCUUGGUGUUUCUUCUGUUGUGAAUCUUGUGGUUUUUAAGGCAGGAAACAACAUGCUUUCCGGUGAGAUUCCAAGAGAAUUGACCGGUAUUUCUCAGAUGACAACUCUCAUGCUUGAUGGGAAUCAACUUUCCGGUACGCUUCCAUCCGACAUAAUUUCAUGGAAGUCGUUGAACACUUUAACCCUAUCAAGAAACAACCUUUCAGGUCAAAUCCCACUAGCUAUGAGUACUCUUCCUAGUCUGGUUUACUUGGAUUUGUCUGAAAAUGAGUUGUCUGGUGAAAUACCAACUCAGUUAGGCGACUUGAGGUUUGUUUUUCUCAACUUGUCCUAUAAUAAGCUUUCUGGGAACAUACCAGAUGAGCUUAACAACCUCGCCUAUGAAAGUAGUUUCUUGAACAAUCCCAAUCUGUGUGCUUAUGAUCCAAAAGUCAAUCUAUCUAAUUGCUUGACUAAAACCUCAUCCCACUCCAGCAAUUCAUCUAAAAAAAUCUUUGCCUUGAUUCUUGGGGUCAUCCUCAUUGUAUUGUUAGCCGCUGCCCUCUUGGCAUUGUGCAAGCUGACAAAGCAACGGGGUAAAAAGCUGCGUUGUGGCCGUAAGCUUUCAACAUGGAGGCUCACUUCAUUCCAGAGGCUUGACCUCACAGAAAUUAAUCUCUUUUCAAGUUUGACAGACAGCAACCUUAUUGGAAGUGGAGGCUUUGGAAAAGUUUACCGGAUCGCUUCAAAUCGCCCAGGUGAGUAUGUUGCUGUGAAGCAGAUUUGGAGUGACAGGGAUGUGGAUCACAAGCGGGAGAAAGAGUUUAUGGCUGAGGUUGAAAUCUUGGGCAACAUUAGGCAUUCUAAUGUAGUGAAACUCUUGUGUUGCUACUCAAGUGAGAACUCAAAGCUUCUUGUAUACGAGUACAUGGAAAAUCAUAGCCUUGACAAAUGGCUACAUGGAAAGAAUAAAAAGUCACCAAUUGGUUUGAGUACACCCAACAGGACUCAUGCAGUGUUGAGUUGGCCAACGAGGUUGAAGAUUGCCAUUGGAGCUGCACAAGGCCUAUGUUACAUGCACCAUGAGUGCUCACCAUCAAUCAUCCAUCGCGAUGUUAAGUCUAGCAAUAUACUACUAAACUCCGAAUUCAAGGCUAGUAUAGCAGAUUUUGGACUCGCCACGAUGCUGUUAAAGCCAGGGGAGCUGCACACCAUGUCUGCUUUAGCAGGGUCUUUUGGCUACAUUCCACCAGAAUAUGCUUAUUGUAGCAAGAUCAAUGAGAAAGUCGAUGUAUAUAGUUUUGGGGUUGUGCUCCUAGAGCUUGUGACUGGAAGAGAGCCUAAAUGUGGAGAAGAUGGAAGCAGCCUAGUUGACUGGGCAUGGAGGCAAUACAGUGAGGGGAAGUGUCUUGCUGAUGCCUUAGAUGAGGAUAUCAAAGAAACAUGCCACGUGGAAGAUAUGACUACUGCCUACAAACUAGGGCUCAUUUGCACAAGCUCAUUACCCUCAUCUAGGCCUUCUACAAGGGAGAUUUUGCAAGUUCUUCGUCAGUGUUGUCACCCAGGUUCUUCACGUAAGAGAGUGGCAACUGACUUUGACAUAACUCCCCUACUUAGUGAUGCUAGGUACAUAGCCAGUUACAAGGACAGUAAUGUUACAAGCGAGAACGAAGAAAGCCGCUUGUAUAGUGUGUAACGGGGGUAAUCCACACUAAGAAUAAUCCCAAGACAUAAAAUGUAAUGUAUAUUAUAAUCGUCAAGUCUAUUAAUGGUUUACAUUCAGCUUUAUUCCGUAAAUACAAUUGGCAAGGUUGAUUUAGUGGAUAUCAUUCAAAAUGUAUCGUUUUAUGACCUAUAAUAUGAAUUCUUAGGCUUCAGAAUCAUCAAAUGAACAACAAAGUACUCAGAAACGAAAUGUUUAGAAGCACUAAUGAUGAGUGAUACAAAUUUUCACAAGCCUAGUUCACUAAAUUG